AUGCUGGCCCAUGGAGAGGACUUGGUGGACGAGCUCGAAUUUUUGGCGAAAAAAAUUCUCGAAUCGCCGACGUAUAGCCGUUCGUGGACAUCAGCGUCGUCUCGUCGAGCAUUGGGAGGGUCUGCAAGUCCAAUGGAUUUAGCUCAACCACUUCUACCUGAAGCUGCACCGUCGAUGGAGAGCAUGCCGGGAUCGGCAAUCCGUACAAUUGCCAGGCGCGACAGGGAGCUUCCCCCUAUGAAACUAUACACUUCUAAGAAGGCCCCACUGGCCUUCAUGGCACCAUGGUUGGUAGCUUGUGAAAAACCUGAAAUGACUUUCCCCCCGCCCGAGGAGCCCCACGUCAGCACCUCUGCCGAUUCAGUGCGGAGGUUAUCGAUUUUAUCGAGUCUGAAUAUGCCGAGUCAAGAGGGAGCGGAUUUAGAGAUUGAUACCACUCCGGCUCUUGGAGCUGAAGGGCCGAAAAAUACUACGCCGCCACGAGCUGGGUUUUUCCGUAAACUUAUGGAUAUAAUUUUGUGGCGCAGUGACAAAAAACCGAAAAGGAAACACGAGGAAGUUGAGAAAGUGGAGGAGAAGAGAUUCGCGGGUACUCCCGCGGCGAAGAAGAGGAGGAGAGUGUCGAGUGAACCUCCGACAACAGCAGCGACGAAACGAAGGUGGAGCGUUGAGGAAAUGCAAGAUGAGCAAGAUGGGCAAGAUGGAGAGGGAGGAAAGGGAGGGUUAUGGUCGGAAGAUGAGGGAGCUGAGGUGGCUAGGGGCGUUGAGGAAAUGCAAGAUGAGCAAGAUGAGGGUGUCUGUGUGGAGAUUGAGGAGAUAGUUGUUGAGGAAGUGCAAGAUUGUUCGUCUACUACUCGGCAUGAGGAAGAUACUCCAGAGUCGGAGGGAGAGGGGAUGGGGGAGCAUGCCAUGGAUGGGGAGGAGGAUAGCGUUGAGGAAAUGCAAGAUGAGCAAGAUGGAGAAGAUGCAUCGAGUGAGAAGGCUAGCGCUGAGGAGAUGCAAGAUGAGCAAGAUGGAGGGAAUGCAUCGAGUGAGGAGGCUAGCGUUGAGGAAAUGCAAGAUGAGCAAGAUGAGCAAGAUGGAGGGAAUGCAUCGAGUGAGGAGGCUAGCGUUGCGGAAAUGCAAGAUGAGCAAGAUGAGCAAGAUGGAGGGAAUGCAUCGAGUGAGGAGGCUAGCGUUGAGGAAAUGCAAGAUGAGCAAGAUGAGCAAGAUGGAGGGAAUGCAUCGAGUGAGGAGGCUAGCGUUGAGGAAAUGCAAGAGGAGCAAGAUGGAUGGAAUGCAUCAAGUGAGGAGGCUAGCGUUGAGGAAAUGCAAGAUGAGCAAGAUGGAGGGAAUGCAUCAAGUGAGGAGGCUAGCGUUGAGGAAAUGCAAGAUGAGCAAGAUUUGCUGGAAGAUUCCUCUACGGUCGAGGAUAAGGUUGAGAAAAGGCAGAACCAGCAAGAUGAGGAAGAGGAAGAUCCGGCAAGUGAGGAACCUGAUGAUAAGAAGAGUAUUUCGAAAGCUCAUGGGCAUGAUGAUGCUGCAGCCGAGGGUAGGAUGGACGCCAUCUUGAAAUCUUGGUGGAUCUUGCAAUUCCUCAACGCUAGUUUAUAUGCGGUGGUGGACGAUGAUGCGUCGUCUAUUCCUUCCUCGCCUCAACUGGACUUUUCGAGUGAUGAAAAUGAGGAUCCUCAUCCGUGUAAAGUCGUCGUUCAUGAUGAUAUUUCCGAAACCGAGAGAGCUGAUUUGGAACGCCAUGCGGACGCUAUUGCAGCUGCCUUGAGCGAAGAGGAGAAGCAUGGUAGAUGA